AUGGCUCUCGUCGCCUACUCGGACUCCGAAGCCUCGGACUCCGAACCGGAAACUACCAACGCCCCGCAGCCCGCGCCCCCCAAACCAGCAACGACCGACACAAAAACGCCCAAAACUAUCAUCGACCGCAGCAACCCUCGUAAGAUCCGCGUCGCUCUCCCGGAGAUCAAGCCCGAGACGUCCGCCGACCAAGAUGGCGACGACGGACCCGCGAGGAAGAAACCGAAGAUCGGUGGCGGCGGUGCAUUCUCCGGCUUCAACUCGUUUCUCCCCGCCCCGAAGAGAACUGCCGCCACCGCUGAAAAGAACAAGACUGCACCGGCGCGCAAGGUCUUCAGUUUGAAGACCGGCGCCACGCCGGGUUUUGACCGUGCAGCUGAUGCAGAAAUGCGAAAUGAGAUGGCUAUGAGCGCAGACGCGGGGGCAUCUACCGCCGCAACGGAUGAAGACGAAACGAUACCCAAGGCCGGCAGCCUGCGCACAGAGAAGGAAUCCGAGGACGAUAUAGGGGGUGGCGCGAAAAAGCCAGAAGCCGGGGUCAAGCUCAAGGGCAACCCCAUGAUGUUUAAACCAUUAUCUGUGGGUCGCGCGUCACAGCAGAAGAAGAAGAAGGUAGCCAAUGCGUCACCGAGUGCUUCUGCUCCCAGCGACGCAACAACGGAGGCUUCACAGCCACCAAAAGCCCAGCCCACUCCAACACAGACCACAGCGCCGGCGCCGGCGCCGGCGCCAAAGCCGAAGAUUAGCCUGUUUUCCCUGUCAACGGGGGACUCAACCUCAGCGAACAGCGCGGCCGGUCAUCAAGCGCAGAGCUCAACAUACGAGCCUGUCGUAUAUACUGCAGCGUCUGAGGAACCCGCCGCUGGACCGAACCCAGAACCUCAAGAGGGCGAAGUCUCAUCUCAGUCGACAGGGGGUCCCGCGCAAACUCUGGAUAACAUUGCCGAUGACUUGAAUCUUUCGCGCGCUCAAAGACGACAACUCUUUGGUCGCCAUGGCGAUCCGUCUAAAUCGCGUGUUCUUCAUUUCAACACGGACACGGAGUAUGCCGCUAACCAAGAGUUGGCUCAUGAGACAGAUCUCGCCGCAGCACAGCACAAUCCUGUGCGUGCCAUUGCCCCCGGAAAGCAUACUCUCCAACAGCUGGUCCACGCCGCGAGCAACCAGCGCGAGGCUCUAGAGGAAAGUUUUGCUGCAGGACGGAGGAACAAAAAGGAGGCGGGCUCCAAGUAUGGGUGGUAG